AAGGUUUUUUGGGCCUUUUUAAAAUUGAUGCAAAACCGCCACGGAAACUUUCUUCGCGCCACGCCACUCACGUGAUCAACUGCAGAGAGUCACUACUGGCAAGAACGACGAAGGAGGACGAGGAAGGACUAGGAGGAUGAAGGUUUGUGUUUGGGUUUUUUUUCGGACACAGCGUGGUAUAGUUCAUAAAAAUGUGUGUCAUUUGAAAGUAUUGAAUCUCCCAUUUCCCCCAAAAUCUUGUCGGUCCAACCCCUGAAUAAGCCACCUGACUGUAAUGGUAAUGGCUGCCAUGAUUUUUAACGACUUGUCAAGUGAACAAGCUUAUUCCCGUGAUUUUAAUAAAAUUUUGUAAUUACUGGAAACACUGCAGUUGUGAAAUAGUUCCCGCCCCAACAUUAGCAGGUUAUCCACAUAUUUGCGCACAUUUGCAUAGGAAAGGCAGCAACUGUUGCUCCUGAAUUCAGAGAGAAAUUUUUUUAAAAAAUGUCCUAAUGAUUUGUCUUGGAAAAACUAACAAAUCUGAUAAAGUUGCAGAAAUGAAGUAAAUAAUCUUUUUCUGGCUAACAAAGGGUAAAAUAAUAAAAACCCACCAGCACCCCUGCGGUAUUAUAUUAAUGCUAGAGGGUUUAACGUACUGUAAAUCCACAGCUUCCCUCCCUGCUGGGACAGCACAUUAGAACCUGUAGUCGUGAACUCACCUCAGGCAACAUUUACCUGACACACCAGCAGGAAAGCCAUGUCGCCUUUCAGCCACCAGGAAGCACUCUGCGUCUAUCACAGCAAGCGGUCUUACAACCAUAAAGUGUAGAGCUUAUGUUUUCAGUAUGAAAACUCAGUAUGCUGUCCUUUUGUCCCCCCAAAACAGAAGAGAUCAAAUGGGAAUUUCUCCCCUUAUAAUUUAAAAAUGAUCAAGUUGAUCAAUUUCCUUCUCUAAUUAACCCAGUAAAUCAGGUCAGUUGUGUUUACGUGAAUGGGGCUCACGUGGUUUGGUAGCCUUGACUAAAAAUACUAGAGCUUUACUGUGUCCCUGAAUUUAUUCCCACUUAAAACUAAAAAGGUGAAAUAAAACUGAAUGCAGUCAGAGAAAACAGUGGUCACUCACACUUUCUCGGGAUUAUCUUACAAUAAGUACAACGCAAAGUACUUGCUACUGCUUUUCUGCGUAGAACCACGUUUAUCAAGAGAACAGCUUUUGUUUCGUUUAUUAAACUUGGCUAAAUGUUGGAAUCAUUUUUAAAGAAAGUGACCCGUGGUUGUUCCAAUGACUGAGAAUGAAUUUGUUCAAACGAGCCCAAAAUGACUUGAAAACUAGAUGCCUUUCUCUUAAUACUUCAAACAUGGAAAAUCCCUUUUAAGUUUUGGAUCUACUACAAAUGACAUUCGCUUCCAACAAAAAUCAAGCAAAAAAAAAAAAAAGAAGAAAGGAAGGACUCCUUUACGUGCUUGAUUUUAGUUUUAUAUUUACUUCCUUGUCCUGCGCGAACUUUUGAGUCGACGAUUUUGGCCCACGUGUCAAAAAGUUUUUACACCCCUUGUAGAUUGUUUCAUACGUUGCAGUCACUCAUUCAUCAACAUUCAUAAGAUGCUCAUUUUUUCAGGGUUGUCCUCUAUUUUGUUAUUAUUUUUAUGUAUUUCUGUCUUGCAAUACAUAACACAGCUUGAUUUUACACAAACUGUUUUGAUGAAGGGACGUCCUGCUACUCGCAUCCUGUAAUCCUUUGCUGCCGCGACCUCUGACCCCUGGGUGGUUUCUUGCGUAAGACGGAAAGCACACAGGAACACACCCUGGCCUCUUGCUAGUGUGCAUGCAGCUGAGUGUGCGCUCAAGGCAAGGAAAGACAGCGCCAACUAACCGAGGCAUUAGAGGACAGCGGCCUGCCAUGUGACCGUGCUUUCAGGGAUUGGCUCACUGCAGAUGUGACAUCAUAGAGCUUCCUCCUCCUUCUCCUACUCUUCCUCUGCCUCUCUCUGCCCAUCUAGCUCUCUGUACCGCUCUCUCUUCCUCCUCAGCAUCCCACCGCCCCUCACCCCCCUCCUAACCCCUUCACAGAGAUGGCGUGUGUCGAUGCUGCUCAGGCGUCCGGGGCCUAGUGCACUCAGGGAGGACACUCCCCUCCCCUCCGUUCCUCCUGCUGUCCCCCGCAUUCGGAGUGUUUGUUCCCUCGGUCUGUCUUCUUGCUCGUGGUCCUCCAAGUGUGUCGCCGUUUGUUGUCGUGCCUCCCUUGUGCGAGCCCGGCCCUCUCGAGGGUGGAAGAAAUCAACAUCGUGCUUCACAGCGGUGGAGGGAGGUGGGAUGAGCUGUGCACAAUUAGCCAUGCCCUGCCCAGGCUCCUUUUUGACCGCCUAGAUCUUUCUUCUUCUUCUGUCCACGUGUGCACCCCAGAGGGCGACGUAGGAUGAAAAUCUGCGACUAUGAUGCAAGGACUGAAAAAACGAACCAGGAAAGCCCUGGGCUUACGGAAGAAAGACAAGGACACGGAUGCAACGAGCUCACCUGACAAAGAGGGAAGCGAAAGCGGAAAGAAAGGAAAAAAAAAGGCCAAUGGAGCUCCUAACGGCUUCUACGGGGAAAUCGACUGGGACAGAUAUGCCUCACCUGACGUCGACGAGGAGGGUUUCAGCCUGCGGCCCGGUGAGGGAGAGGAUGCGGCUUCCAAAGAAAAGCACUUCUUCUCCUCCAGCGACUCGGACGACGAUGAGGACAGCAAGAAAAAGUUCAAAAUCCGGAUCAAGCCGCUGGUGGCGGACAGCGGCCGGUGCGUCCCCCCAUCGAUGGACGAGCUGAAAGCCUCCGUGGGAGGACUGGCACUCUCUCCUUCCCUGAGGAGAAGUCCGAGACGCAGUCCGGGGAUGAUGAAAAGAAACCUAUCAUGUGAAGAGAUUGCCCGACCCCGACGCUCUACCCCAACACCAAGUUAUGCAUCUGAGAUGCCAAGCGCCACUGCGCCGCAGAACGUUCCUGCUUUGUUCAGGCUUCCUUCAGACAGCAGAUAUGCCAGAUAUGAUGUAAUCCGUAGCGAUGCAUGGGGAGAACCCAGACCGUGUUCAGAAUCCCAGCUGAGCCGAAGUUUUCCAACAGGAGCUCCUCCACCGCUUCCUCCGAAAAACUUCCCCUCCAGAGGUCGCUACGGCUUUCCAUCAGACCUGGCAGCUGAUCUGCCCAACGGCAGGGCGGCACGCAGCUCCGCCCCCAUCUACCUGAACGUCCUGUCACCGGCCUCAUACCGGGAGUCACCGGGCCCCGACCUGGACGACGUGUUCGGCCCCGCCGACAGCUCCAGAACGAGGGAGGAUGCGCCGUCUCCCAGAUGGGUCACGUUCACGGACGAUCGACCUCCACCCCCCGACGAGCCGGCUCCCCCGCCACCGCCGGACUCUCCUCCCCCGGACACGCCCACCUCCACGCCUUCCACGCCUGGCCUCUCACCGGGACCGCCCCCGAACGAGCCCCCUCCUUCUCCGCCAUUCUUUUCCCCCGGCUCCUCCCCUCCUUUCACUCCGCUAGACUCGCCCCCCUCCAUCGUUCUCGGCCCUCCACCCCCAGAUGAGCCAGCUCCCCCCUUACCUCCCGACUUCUCCCCUUCCGAGUCUCCUCCUGCUUUCCUCGAAGAGGAAGGAGUCGACGAGGAGGUUCUGCAGUUCGCAGGAUACGCCUGCGCCCCUGCUCCCAUCAGCCCCGUCCCCCCUCUGCCGGCAGAGCGGAGGUCCCCGCGGGCGGCGGUCACGUCUCCUUUAGUCUACGGGACUCUGGGAGGAAAGAGGACUCCAGAGGGAGCGUACCAGAGAGAUGAAGUACCAGAAGUGACAGGCUCUCCCAGAGAGCUGACACCCAGCUUCAGGGGAACGCCGCCUCCUCUUCCUCCAUCUGCGUACCGAUCCAUCAUGUCUUCCCCUGGGCCCUUCUCUGGCAGCAGCCCCUCAUCUCCAGCCCGCCCCACCACGCCUCAUUCCCGGGGGAGUCCGGUGCCGCCUCCUCCUCCUCCCCGUCCCUCCUCGCGACCGAAGCUGCCCCCGGGGAAGCCAAUCACAGACCUGAGUCGGCCUUUCAGCCCCCCGGUUUCGGGAAGCCCUCCGCCUUUUGCCCCCCUGGCCCGCGCCGAGAGCUCCUCCUCCCUGUCCUCCGUCACCUCGCACAGUGCGGCGUCCACCCCCACCUUAGGACGGGACCUCAGCAUGCCCACCGCAGGCUGCUCUAGAGGGCCCAGCCCGCUCACCAUGGGGCCCCAGGACACCCUGCCGGUCGCUGCUGCUUUCACCGAAACCAUCAAUGCUUAUUUCAAAGGCGCUGACCCCAGCAAAUGUGCGGUGAAGAUCACCGGGGAGAUGGUCCUCUCCUUCCCUGCAGGUAUAACCCGGCACUUCGCUUGCCACCCGACUCAACCCGUCCUCACCUUCGUCAUCAGCAGCUACAGCCGCCUGGAGCAAGUCCUGCCCAAUCCACAGCUGCUCUGCUGCGACACCGCGCCAGACGGUGUAGACAUCAAGGAGUUCUGGGUAAACAUGCCAAACCUGAUCACCCAUCUGAAGAAAGUGGCAGAACAGAAGCCUCAGGCGACAUACUACAACGUGGAUAUGAUCAAAUACCAAGUGUCAGCAGAGGGGAUCCAGUCCACUCCUCUGAACAUGGCCGUGAGCUGGCGGGGGGAUUCCGUCAACACCGACCUUCGAAUAGAUUACAAAUACAACGCGGAGGCCAUGGCCGCCCCGGUGCCGCUGCACAACAUCCACUUUGUGGUUCCGGUGAACAGAGGCAUAGCCCGGCUGCACACCAUGAUCCCCCCCGCCACAUGGAAUCCAGAGCAGCAAACGAUUCAGUGGAAAAUCCAAAGCCUGUCUCAAAGAUCUGAAAAUGGAGGGGCUCUAUUGGGCCGGUUCCAGAUGGAGGAGGGUCCCUGUAAGCCGUCCCAGCUGGCCGUCCAGUUCACCAGCGAGGGAAGCACGCUGUCCGGCUGCGACAUCCAGCUCGUCGGGACCGGCUACCGGCUGUCUUUGGUCAAGAAGAGAUUCGCUGCAGGAAAGUAUUUGGCAGAUAAUUAGCGAAAGCUGUCGGUGAAGAGCACCGAGGAAAUGUGGCUUUUUGACUGUGAAGACUACGUAUCCAUCCCACGUUUAGUGCUCUUGACCGAUUCUCCUCAGCGAACCGUCGGCGUGAACGGUGGAGGUCUGCUACAAGAACACAGUUUAUGCAACCUAACACAAAUCAUCCUUUGUGCACCUGGAACGGAGUUAAAGACGAGGAGCCGUCGAGUCUUUGUUGUUUUGGUGUAAAAAAAGAAAAAAACAAUUCAUAAUAAUUGUAAUUCAUUCAGUGAUCCAGCCUUAUUUAUUUAGUUAUUUAUUCUUUAGUUGGUCAUUCCUGUAGAUGCACUGCGAGAGGUAAUGGGAGUUGAUUGUAUAAAGUCUAGAGCAAUCUGAAAGGUGGAAAACUAGAUCUGGUUGACACUGCCACCUCCCAUCGGACAGUCAGAGUGAGAGUCCGUAUUUUCAUCCAAUCAGAACCGUCCCCUCUGUUUUCAAGCCGCUUCGAAAUGAAAACUACGCUAAUUAGCAUUCAGAGGCGACUGAUGAGGAUAUGAAAUUUGCCGUGCCUUGCAAAAAUAUUCCUUUUGCUAUUUUUCCUGGUCUACAUUGUUAAAACCCAAACUUCAACGGCUUUCAUUGAGCUUUGACGUAACAGACCAACACGAAGUUGAGCCUGACUGCGAAUUGGAUGGUUUUCAAUUGCUUAGCGAAUAAAAAUAUUAAAUAAAAUCCACCUCGGCGAGUGAAGACUCCAGGAAAUCUGUUUUUUGCUGAAAUUGGGUCUGCAACCAUCUACCAGCUCUGCACAUGUAAAGUCAGACAUUUUUGUUGGUUCCUCCUUGUAAAAUAAUCAAAGCACCCAGAUUCAAUUGAACAUUUUAAACAGGGAUCUGCAACUUUUACCAUCCAAAGAACAGCUAAAUAAAACUGGCUUAGAGCCGCCAAUGUUACAAGACCUUUGGAAAAGACGACGUACAUUUUUUCAUGAAUAUCUGCUAUUGGUAAUUGGAUAGCUUUUUAAUUUUUUUUUUUGAAGACUCAUUUUUUUGUUUCAAAACUAAAGAAAAAAAGAACAUAGAUACAUUUUCCUCUGUGGAAAUUGGUGCAAAGAAAACAUCAAUACAAGAAUAAUACAUACACUGCCUGGCCAAAAUAAAAGUCGCCACCUGGAUUUAACU